UUGAUCAAGCAGCAUAACACUGUGAUUACUGGGGAGCCCCUACAUGGCUGCCAUACUGGCCUGUCAUUUAUGAGGUUUAUUGCUGUGCCGUGGGAGGGACAGUUUCUAUUCGAUGUAACAGUUUUCGGAUUGACCGUCUACAAGUCAUUCCAACAUCGCAGCGAGUCCGAGUGGGCCCGUGGCAAGAGAUCGUGGUCAAAUCUAGGUUUGAUGGAGCUCAUCUUUCGGGAUGGUGCAUCACCUACCUCUGUACACCAUUUGGUGAUGGCACUGGUGAAUCUCGCGAACAUAUUCACUUUCUACUUAACAUCGGACCCACUGCGAGGCGUCCUUUCUACCUUCGCCAGCUGCGUUUCUAUCACGAUGAUGUCGCGCCUGAUCUUGAAUUUGCAUGAUGCGGCUUCGCUGCUGCCAUCCACUCGCGCCACGACAGUCCCGAUGGCUUUCGCUCCUCCAAGGAAU